AUGGGCCUCCUGGUCUGGCUCGGUCUCCGUCGCAGCAGUCAGUGGGAGAGCUUGACAAUCCUGGACCAUGUCAUCGACUCGCCUCUCACGUUCUUCACCGUCAAUUUCUAUCAUCUGGUGCUGCUCCUGAGAGGCACGCCCUUCCGCCCGCCGCGGCACCAGGCAUCAAUACGCGUAGUGUGCAUCUCGGACACGCACGACCAAAUAGUGGACGUGCCACCUGGCGAUAUCCUCAUCCACGCAGGGGACCUCACCGAUUCUGGCACCGCUGCCGACAUACAGAAGCAACUGGACUGGCUGAAGACGCUUCCCCACACAGUCAAAGUUGUCAUCGCCGGCAAUCACGACAGCUACUUCGACAUCCGGAGCCGGUGCGACGACGACCGCAGGCGGGGUGCCCGGCUAAAUCUGGACGGCAUCAUCUACCUGCAAGGAGAGACUUCUGUUCACGAUAUCAGAGGGAGGGAGAUUUCCAUCUUUGGCGCCCCCGAUGUUCCCGAGUGUGGCCCCAGGAGCUUUGCGUUCCAGUAUUCACCUACGCGGCCCCCUUGGCUUAGCAAGGUGCCUCCCCAGACAGACAUCUUCGUCACUCACAGCCCACCAAAACACCACCUAGAUCUAGAUCUUGGCUGUCCCCACCUUUUGAGAGAAGUCUGGCGCGUGAAGCCCAGACUACACGUAUUCGGACAUUGCCACUGCGCCUACGGCAAAGAGUCCGUCUACUUUGACGAUGUGCAAGUUGCCUACGAGCGCCUUCUCUCGCGGCCGCGACGCGGCUUCUUCUGGGAUUUCAUCCCCAAUCAGUCUUGGGUCGACAUGUUUGAAAUCGUCCUUCACGGCAUCCACAGCGUCCUUUGGAAAUGGCUCAUGAGUGGCCCGGGCAGUAACCAAGGCAGCCUGAUGGUCAACGCCUCUCAAAUGUACAGAAAUUCCGGAAAGACUGUGAGCCGAGCCGUUGUUGUAGAUAUCUAG